AUGCGGAUAUCGCUGCUCUUCCUUGUAUUAACAGUGUUAGUAGUCGCCGAUGAGGACUACUAUAAACUGCUCGGCAUAGAGAGAGACGCAGAUGAUAGGACUAUUCGAAAAGCUUUCAAAAAACUAGCAAUUCAAAAGCAUCCUGAUAAAAAUAAGGAUAAUCCAAACGCUCAUGCAGAGUUUGUGAAAAUAAAUAAAGCGUACGAGGUGCUGAAAGAUGAGGAGACCCGUAAGAAAUAUGACCAGUUUGGUGAAAAAGGUCUGGAAAAUGGGUUCAAUGGAGGAAAUAACUAUCAAUCAUGGCAGUUUUAUAACGAGAAUUUUGGAAUAUAUGAUGACGAUCCGGAAAUUGUCACUUUAAAUCGGGCAGAUUUCCAACGACAAGUCUCCGACACUAACGAGAUGUGGUUUAUUAACUUCUAUUCGACGUAUUGUUCUCAUUGCCAUCAGUUAGCUCCAACGUGGCGAAAGUUUGCCAGAGCCAUGGAAGGCGCCGUACGUAUCGGAGCAGUCAACUGCGCCGAGGAUCCAGCCCUCUGCCAGUCGCAGCGAGUUCACGCCUAUCCGUCAUUAGUGGUCUAUCCGACAGGAGAGUUCUAUAAUGGUGUACGAGACGUUGAGUUAUUGCAGGACUUCAUACUUCAAAGAAUGACAUCAGAGGUUCUUCACUUGAAAUCUGAAAAUAUCGAGGCUCUUACUAUGGAAUGGCAACCAUACGACUCUAGACCUUGGAUAAUUGACUUCUGUGAUGAAUCAGAUGCUUGUCUUUCUUCUGUGAACAGAAGGAAGCUGGCUGCCAUGCUUGAGGGCCUCGUUAACGUGGGAACGGUGGACUGCACAGCACGUGGAGAACACGAGUUGUGUGAACUUUUGGAUGCAUCGACAGGUGUUUCAUUUUAUCCAGCAAGAAAAGUGCAAAAGGGAUACGAACAGCAAAUGAGCUCUCUGGACCCCAGGGAACUCUCUGAGGAGGUGUUGAAUUAUCUCGAAGAUUUGGAAGAGGUGAAAGGAGAAGAACUUGAGCAGCUAUUCGGCGAAAAUGGCGCUGAUUGGCCAACUGUCGUGUUAUUUGUUCCGAAUAAGAACGCGUUGAAUGAAAGAAAAGAUUACAAGAAGUUGCCUGCUGUCAUGCCGGAUGUUAGGAUUCUCUUUGCUGAUUGCUCCAAAUCCAUGGACAGAUGUCGCCAAACGCUUGAUAUCCAGAAACUUCCGCAAUUUGUCACAUUCAAAACAACUGGAGGGUACGAAAUUGAUUACGUGAACAAAAAGUCAUAUCAUGAUGUGCGGGCGUUUAUCAAAGAAUCGAUUGCUUCUCCGCUCCAUGUCCUUAACGAAGAGACCUAUAACGCCGCAAUAAAUAGCAAAGAGCUAUGGAUCAUCGACUAUUUUGCACCUUGGUGUCCCCCAUGUUUGAGACUUAUCGGUGAAUAUCGUCGAUUACAUUCAAUGAUUAAUCGAGCUGAUGAGGUGCUUUCGAAGAUCAAGAUAGGUUUGAUCGAUUGCCAGAAAUAUAAUCAAAUAUGCCGGAAUGACGGUGUUCAAAGUUAUCCAACGAGUGCUCUUUAUACUUUGGAUGAUCGCAUCCACAAAUUUGUUGGAUAUCACGCUGCGGUGACAAUGCUGGAAUUGAUAGAUAAUGCUCUAAAUCCUGCCGUGGACGAGUUAACGCCCGAACAGUUCACUGAACUUGUAGAUGGAAGAAAAGAAGACGAAACUUGGGUAGUUGACUUCUUCGCUCCGUGGUGUGGUCCAUGUCAACAGUUAGCUCCAGAAUUGCAAAAAGCUGCCCGAGCUCUUCGUUCUUACGAUGAACGAGUGCAUGUAGGUUCAGUGGAUUGUCAGGCAUACAGCCAAUUCUGCAGUAAACAAGGUGUUUCUUCUUAUCCGUCUAUUCGUCUCUAUCCAGCUGUAAAUAGCAAAAGGAGAGUGCAGGCGUACUAUCCUUACCCACAAAAUAUGUGGAGAAACGCUGACACGAUUGAGCGUUGGGUUUUCGGAAUGUUGCCGUCGUUAGUGACCUCACUUGGUAACGAUUACUGGACAACGGUGCUUGACUCGGACGAGCCAUGGAUUGUUGACUUUUAUGCACCAUGGUGUGGACAUUGUGUACAAUUUUCACCAGUAUACGAACAAAUAGCAAAGGCCUUGGACGGAAAGGUGAAAUUGGCAAAAGUGGAUUGCGAUCAAUGGCCUGGAGUAUGUCAAGGAGCCCAGGUGCAAGCCUAUCCUACUGUACGAUUCUAUCGAGGACGUCAAGGCGGUAAACGUCAAAACAUCUGGGGCAUGCAAUUACAGACGCAACACAAGGAUACUAUCGUUCAGACAGUAUUAAAUCAAAUAAGGGAAUCACAUGACGAGUUAUAG